AUGUCACCACCUAGAGUCUUCGAAGGCAAGCUUGCCAUCAUUACUGGCGCUUCGCGAAGCUUCGGCGCCGCACUUGCCACACACUUCGCCUCGCGCGGUGCUAACGUUGUGAUCAACUAUGCAACAUCGAGCUCCGACAAGAUCGCAGCGGAGUUGGCAAAUCAUCUCUCCACAACGUACAAUAUCACCGCACUACCCGUACGCGCCGACCUCCUCGACCCUUCCGCUCCCGCGACCAUCGUCAAUGCGGCAAAGGCUGUUUUCACGAACCCCACAGCCACACCCUCGUUCCAGAUCGAUAUACUGAUUAACAAUGCUGCGGUCGUGAAUGCGCAACCUAUCCAAGAACUUGACGUAGAGCUAUGGGACCAAACCUUCAACAUCAACUGCAAAGCUCCUGCGCUUCUCAUCAAAGCUGCAUUUCCCUACCUUCCACACGACAGGUCUGGUAGGAUCGUCAACAUUUCUUCCGCGACUACGACAUGGGGUCUGAUCCAACAGACGUCCUAUGCCGGCACCAAGGGCGCGAUAGAGGCUAUGACGCGUGUUUGGGCGCGUGAACUCGCUGAGCGCGCAACUGUCAACAGUGUGAGCCCUGGUCCUAUGGAUACGGGUCUUUUGAACGGGCUGCCGGAGGCGCCGAAGCAAGCGUUAAGAAUGUACAACGCAUUGAUCCCGCUAGCAAAAGAAAGACCAGGAGUGGACAGCGAAGAAACUCUGAGAUUAGCGGACGAGAUUGGUGGUAGGCCGGGCACGCUCGAGGAGGUGGCAGGUAUCGUAGGUAUUGCCUGUUUGCCUGAAAGUGGUUGGAUGACGGGCAAUCAGCUAGGCGCGAGCGGAGGCGGUGCUUUCGUUAGAUGA